AUGGCUACUCGGGAAUCGCCAAAGAAAUGUUCCUCCGGAGGAGAAUCAUCGUUGAAUGCUGUCAUGAGAGCUCCAAGCACAACUACACCAGAUGUUGUGGUACUUGACUUCGUCAGAGAAGAUGUCAAACCGAAAGACCUCAUUGACCCAAGAAAAGAUCUUUGGCUGUCUACUGCCGACGGUCGCUACUCCUCUGCCAUAAUUCCUGUACGAGUUGGGCCACAUGCCGAGACCUUCCCUAUACACAGAGAUAUCUUGUGCAAGUCGGAAUACUUCAGGAAGGCAUUGGAUGGAGAGUUCAAAGAGGCAGGCGAGCAGGCCAUUGAUUUGCCGGAAGAAAACCCAGACAUAUUCAGCUUCGUAGUCGCAUAUCUGUAUGAGGAGAAGUUUUCGCCGAUUAAGACGAUGUCUACGGUUCUAGUUGCUGAUGUUGACAAAGGGAAGGGCAGAGAGGACAGUAACAAUAUAAACUCGGAAAGCGAUGAUGCGACAGAUAGUGGUGGAAGUGCCAGUGAUGAGAGUACCAGGAGUAGGAGAAGGUUAGAAAGUCGAAGACAGCGUGCGUUCGAGCAGUCUUUACGCAAAGAACCAGGCAGACACCGUCUCGGCUGUGGGUGCCAAGCUUGCUUCUUAGACACGAUGGGUCCUCCAUGCUGGUCCUGCGGAGCACCAAGAAAUCCCCCACCUCCUAGACCACGACACUAUAUAGGUCCUCCUGGACCUAUUGUAGUUGGGCGGAAUGGCUACCCUCGGCCCCAACAACCAAGGCCGCGGGAAAGAGAACGUAGGAGAGGCGCACGUCCACCUGGGGAGCCCGUCACACCUACCGAAGACACCGCACCUGAAGAACGAAUGUCCCAGGAAGACAUCAGAACAUGGUCACUGGCGUAUUCUCUAAGUAUAGAUGUCUACGUGUGUGCCGAACGGUAUUUGAUGCAAGACUUCAAGGUAGCCAUAUCAUCCUUCGUUGUUAACAGCUUUGAAAUAGCCGGCGUGGAUGCUGCUAUACCCGCCGUCCUAAAAUCCUGCCAGAAUCUCCAAGCUGGAGUCAGUUCGGUGGAUCCGCUCCUCAGAAAAGUCUUCGCGAGAGUUGGCUUUCUACAGGCGAGGCUAUGGGAGCAAUUCCCUGAAGAGACCCAGAUUUUCUUCACCGAGAAUCCGGACCUCGCGAUCUUGAUCAUGAAAGAGAUGGUGCAGAGGAGAGAGGAAGACAAGCACGACAGCCUACCACCUAUGGACCGACCGGUACUUCCGCCAACUCCUUUCGGCGGCCAGGAAGAUGUUUUUAUCCAGGGGCCAAGACCCCGAAGGAAUGCGAGACAUUAUCGCUAA